AGAAGCAAGAAUUAUCACAAGUCGAAUCAUCUCGAUGUGAUAAUAGACGCUAGGUGAAGGUGUGAAUCACACUUGCUGCUAGAUCUAUGGAGGGACUAAGGGAGCAGCAAGAGGCGCUAGCUAAUAAUGUAAUACUCGUGAGAGAGAAGCCUUGUAUCUGUGGUCUCUGUAAUUGCAGCAAAAGACACCAGUGCCCAGUACAUCAUGGACCCGUUGGUGAAGCCAUGUUCCACCAAAGCAACUUGGGAGAGCCGCAGACAGAGUACAGACUCAUAUACUGCAGCACAGCUGGGAACGCAAGAGGCUAUGAUGUACCCACACUCUAUAAGCAUCAUAAGAGAGGCAUAAAACUUCAUCCUAAAGUUCUUCCAGCUCCUCCAAAAUCUAAGGUAGAGAGCGGUACGACUUAUGUGAGGGCUUUCCCUGAUCCUGGCUAUCAAAAGAUGAGGGAUAAUCUUAAACCAGAUGACACGUAUAUCAAAACCGAUUCCAAAUUUCAAGACGAGACCUCGUACAAUGUUGAUUUUUUUGAUCGCUUACAGCAUGCAGAUGCAGAAGCAGCCAAGCCUCCUCCCUCGCCUGAAACUUAUAAAGAGCUUACACUGCCUACCAUUGUCAAUUGCUCUUUGCACUAUGAGACGACAAACGAAAAGUUCUUUCCUAAAUGGAAGAACACGAGUCAGUGUCGCUUGAAGCCUUAUGGCGAGCCGUUUAUCAAACCUUUGUUUGCAGGGCAAUUCAAUGACGAGACUGUUACCAAAAGAGAAUUCUAUAAAAAGUCGAUUCGACCUCGUACUUGCUACGUACCAACUGACGGUAAACUCUACGGAGGAGGAAAGUUUGAAGACCUCACAGUUACUAAAAACACUUUCCUUCCUAAGAUCAUAGAAAGAGACAUGCCAUUCCUUCGGCACAACUCACUGAAAAAUGUUGAAUCAGUGGAACCAAUCAAAGCUGGAAGGAUGCAGAAUAUCACUCAAUACAGACGCGAUAAUCUCCCAUUGCUCCAUCAGCCACCGAAAAGGAAACUGUGUCGACCGGAAGCAGACAAGAUUAUAUCUUUAUCGAAUGGUUUCAACCUCCCAUUGAUUACGAUGCAAAGUACGGCUUUCCCUCACUGGGGCAGGGUAGAGGUACCGGCCCUUCUCAAGAGAGAGGACCAGACCGAGAGACUCGUGGGACCUUUUCAAAAGAAGACGCAUUACGAUGAUCACUAUAAGCCAGUGAGUCUACCCCGCCCUCGUGUGAAGAAACAGGAAGAAACCCCUUUUGUCUACCAUCAUCAAAGGAUACCCUUUCCGAUUUCGGUUAACCAGUCAGAGUAUUUUAAAUUCAAAACCGUGCGUCCUCGUCGAUUCCACGGUGACAAAGCAGAGCUCAAGGUCUACCGAGGCCCGCCAAAAGUAAAGUUUGGCUGCAACACUCACUACCAGGACUUUUUCCCUGGAGUGACUGGGAUGAGGCCUAAAGACUUCAAACCGAUCGACGCAAGAAUAAUAGAUAUUGGGAAACUCUCCGACUCAACAAGUUACAAAGAUCACUAUCCAAAGAGAGAGCUAAGCAUCAGACCAAUAUGUCCAGCAGAAUUAGUGCUAGCUAGUUUUUGUUGAAUACCCACAGUAGCAUAAUGUACCUAUUAAUGAUAUUGAUGAAUCACUUGUUUUUUUUUUCACUUAUUUUUUCCACACUACAUGUACAUUGUACAUUGGACUGAGAAGUAAUUAAUUAUAAAGUGAUCAUAAUAAUAAUAAAUUAAUCAUAACACAACUAAAAUGAGAA